AAAUAUGCUGUCUAGGUUGGUCAUAACUUUCCUUCCAAGGAGUAAGCGUCUUUUAAUUUCAUUGCUGCCAUAGACAUUACUUGUUGUUGAAUAAUUACCUUUAAUCUCUAAGUAUGACCUUUUAAAAUUUUUUCCAAAAUGUUGACAUUGUUGAGUCUUGUACCUAAUUGGGAUCUGCCACAUUCUCAAUUUCAUGUUCUUAAGUUCUCAGAAUUUUAGAGUGCUGGAUGCCCUGUGUUUGAUCUCUUGCUAUGUUUGCUGGCCCCUCCUUUUUCUGUCUUUCACAUAGGACUGACCUCCUUCAGGUGCCACAUCAGUGGAGCAGUAAGGACCCUGGAAAGAAACCUGUACCCAGGUUGAGGAUGAUGACUACAUGCUGAUCACAAGCACAUUGGCCUGAGCUUUCCUGGAACCAGAAGGUUGCUGAUGAAGAUUCCUGAAGCAUUGCCUUGUUAACUUAAAGCCAACCAAUCAGAAGAAAGUAGGUCUUAGUAGUGGCAUGUGGAUUUCGUUGACCAUGGACUUAGUUGCCCCUCCGCGUGUGGAAUCUUCCGGGACCAAGGAUCCAACCCCAGUUUCCCCUGCACUGCAAGGCAGAUUCUUUACCACUGGGCCACCAGGGAAGUCCCAAUAUCUGGGUUCCUCCCUCUGAUCAGUACAGACUACAUUCCACGGAAAUCUAUGUGUGUCCCCUUUAAGUAGUGUGUUCCAAGGAAAUCUGGGUGCGUCCCCUUUAAGAAGGGUGAACCCCACCAGUAUUCUGAGCCUUAGGGAACUGCUUACUGGUUACCCAGAGGGUGAGGCUGAAUUUUCUGACUUCGGUAGCACCGCCCCUUGCAGCGCCCUAGAGCGAUGUUAACUACAUUACCCGGAAUGCAAGGCGCGGUGCGUAUGGGUCACUGGGUCAACUGAAAGCUCAGGACGCAGGCACUUCCGCUGUAGAGGACGGCGUCCGGGCGGGUCUUCCGGCGGGAUCUGGGCGUCGCUGGGGGAGUUUGGGUCUUAAAGGUCCCCAGAUAAAGAUGCUGUGCCCGCUGUUCUGAGGAGGGUCUGAGGCUCUGCGUGGCGCCAUCUGGCCUGACGCUGACUUGGGUCGGGGACAGGCGCCGCCGUGCCCGGGCCCCACCGCCCUCAGACUCUGCUGGGACGGCCGUGCUGACGGAUCUGCUUCAGGCAAACGCUGCCCUCUCCGCGCCCUCAGCCAACUCAGCAUUCUGCGGCAUUUUUGUUCUUAUCUGUGUUCUCUUACUAGUGUCGUGUGUGGGUGGGUGUGUGUGGGUGUGUGUAUUUUUUUCUCCAAACCUGUUUUUCUAAUUUUGAAAAACCUGCGUGGGAAAAAAAAAUUGCUGACAUCUUCCACCUGCAGUUGGAAAAGCAGCUGUUAUUAAUAGCCAUUCACUGGUCAAGUCGAGAAACGAGAUACAAGUAGGACCCAAAAGCCGUCUGUGGAGGUCCUUCCAAAACAAUUAUCCUGCUUCCCAAGUGUUAUGGUGUUGUCUGAUGUUUCAGCGGAACCACUUAUGGACUGUUCAUUGGGUCCUGUGACCUUUGAGGACGUGGCUGUGUACUUUUCACAAGAGGAAUGGAGGCUCUUGGGUGAGGUCCAGAGACUCCUGUACCACGACGUUAUGCUAGAGAACUUCGCACUGGUUGCAUCCUUGGGGUGUUUGCAUACAGCAGAGGAUGAACAGACACCUUCUGAGCAGAAUGUUUCUAUAGAAGUGCCACAGAGAAAUACCAAAAAGAUAGACCUGUCCAGCCAGAAGGUCUGUCCCUGGGACAUGGGUAACCUGGCCUUAGAAGGUGACUUGUGUGGACCCAAGGUCCUGCGAACAAACCCUGGCCAGACACUGUGUGGGACAGAUGUGAAAUCCCACCAGCAUGGUGGAGAGAAGCUCAUGAGAAGAGAUUUGGGUAAGGCCUUAAUAAAGAACUGCACAGUCCAUGCAUUGGAGAAGGCUUUUACGUGCCAAGAGGCAAGGAAGGAUUUCCCUGGUACCUCUGACCAUGUCCAGCACCAGGUUAAACCACAAAUGAUGGAGUUUGUAGCAGAGUUUCACAACGGAGAAAAGCGUUUCAAGUGCAAUGAAUGUGGGAAACUCUUCUACCGGAAGUCCAGGCUUGCUCAGCACCAUAGAGUCCACACCGGAGAGAAGCCUUAUGAAUGCAGCGAAUGUGGGAAAGUGUUUAGAUGCAGCUCCAGCCUUGCUAUACAUAGAAGAAUUCACACAGGGGAAAGGCCUUAUGAGUGUAGAGAAUGUGGAAAAUUCUUUAGGCAACACUCCCAGCUUGUUGUGCACCAGAGAAUUCACACUGGAGCCAGACCGUAUGAGUGCAGUGAAUGUGGGAAAACAUUUAGUACUAAAACCAAACUUGAUCAGCACUGGAGAGUGCACACCAGAGAGAGGCCUUAUGAAUGUGAAGAAUGUGGACGAACUUAUAACUGUAAACGCAUGCUUGAUCAACACCAGAGAGUCCACACUGGAGAGUGGCCUUAUGAGUGCAGUGAGUGUGGGAAAGCCUUUAGGUACUUCUCCAGCCUUUUUAUGCAUAGAAGAAUUCACAGUGGGGAAAGGCCUUAUGAGUGUAGUGAGUGUGGGAAGUCAUUUAGGCAAAAGGCCCACCUUCAAGGCCACCAGAGAAUUCACAGUGGAGCAAAGACUUUUGAGUGCUGUGAAUGCGGGAGAUGUUUUAGCCAAAAGUCUGUUCUUACUAAACACCAGCGAGUCCACACUGAAGAAAGACCUUAUAUGUGUAGUGAAUGUGGGAAAUGCUUUAGGGAUAGAACUAGUCUCAUUAAGCACCUGCAUUUACACUGGAGAAAAGCUACCUAAAUGCACUGAAUGUGGAGAAGUCUUAAGCCAAAGCACCUGAAAAGAAAAUUUCACACCACAGAAAGGCCUCACAAGUACAGUACUGUGGAAAUGUGUGUGUGUGUGGUCAAAAGUCUACUCCAAGCACCAGAACCAUCAUAGCCCAGGUAGAGCCAAGAAUACAGAGCAUGUCGGAAAGUUUCCACUGAAGGUCUAACCUCAUCUGUCACCACAAAGUUCAUAGUUGAGAAAGACCUUCAAACUAGAGGAAGAGACAGCAAAUGAGCUGUGUUCUUAGUGAAUACAUCUUACUGAACAGGCUCUGUAAGGGAAUCAUCACCUGGAAGUUGAAUGCCAUCCAUCUGCACAGCCCUAGUAUGGAGAUGGCCUGUGGGUACCUGGUUCAUUGGAAGCUUCUAAGAAGCUCAGAUCUACUUCCUAACCUGUGCAGCAGCCUUGCCAGACUUCUGGUCAUUGUGAGUUUCUUCUACCAAGUGACAGAUCCUCUUUUGGGCGUCAGUCCCCUCAGUGUGAUCAGGGUAGGUAGACCUUUGUGCUCUCCUGUCCCCUGAAGGAAAGCACGUGUAACCUGAGCACUUGGGUGGUGUCAUGCUCUUAGAUCCUAUCAACUGCCAGGAAAGGAACUAAGCGGCUUUGACCUUGCACAUGCACUCUGGGUUCUGAUGGCUGCUGACAGGUUUACUUUCUUUGGCAUUGAGUCAUGUCAUACUUAUGACAGAUGUUUCUAUCUUCAAGUCACCCUGCUUGACAACUGCUUUCUUCUAAGCAAUUCUCUUUUCUUUUAAUAAAUAAAAACUUUUUUAAGCCACUGCA